AUGGCUCUACCGGGCCGCGGCCGGUUAAUUACCUCGCCGUUCCUUUCCCUCGUGAUCCUUCCAUUCUUGCUUUUCCUCGUCAGUUUCACCAGUCCAGCUGCUGCAGCUGGAUCAGCGGUCAUCGGUCUCGAUGUCGGCACCGAGUAUUUCAAGGCCGCUCUGGUGAAGCCUGGUAUUCCGCUCGAGAUCGUGCUCAGCAAGGACUCUAAGCGCAAGGAGUCAGCUGCCAUCGCAUUCAAGCCGACAAGAGAGAGUGAUGCUCCCUUCCCUGAACGGUUCUAUGGUGGCAAUGCGCUGGCCCUGGCGGCUCGGUUCCCGGACGAUGUAUACAUCAACUUGAAGACACUUUUGGGCGUGCCUUUCAACGAUGGAAAGGACGAGGCGGUUAAGGCUUACUGGAGCCGGUAUCCAGCAUUGAACCUUGAGACCGCUCCCGAUGGCCGUGGCUCUGUUGCGCUGCGCAGUAACCGUCUCGGUGAAGAGCAAAAGAAGGACGCGUUCUUGGUCGAGGAGAUCCUGGCUAUGCAAUUGAAGGAGGUCAAGUCCAACGCUGAUGCGCUGGCUGGUAAGGGUUCUGAUGUCCGCGAUGUGGUCAUUACAUACCCUGCUUUCUAUACGGCGGAAGAGAAGAGGAGCCUGGCCUUGGCCGCCGAAUUGGCCGGUCUGAAGAUUCAGGCCCUUGUCAGCGAUGGUCUGGCCGUGGGUUUGAACUACGCAACUAGCCGCAAGUUCCCUAGUGUUUCUGACGGCGAGAAGCCCGAGUAUCACGUUGUUUUUGAUAUGGGUGCUGGAUCAACAACCGCCAGCGUGUUGCGCUUCCAGAGCCGCAAGGUCAAGGACGUCGGAAAGUUCAACAAGACCGUCCAGGAGAUUCAUGUUCUGGGUAGUGGCUGGGACAAAACUCUUGGAGGAGACUCUUUGAACGAUUUGAUUGUCAACGACAUGGUUGCCAAGUUGGCGGAAGACAAAAAGCUGAAGGACAAGGUUACUCCGGAGCAAAUCAAGGCCCACGGAAAGACUAUGGCUAGGCUCUGGAAGGACGCAGAGAAGAUUCGCCAGGUUCUCAGCGCCAACACCGAGACGUCUACUACCUUAGAAGGACUCUACGAUGAGGAACUCAACUUCAAAUACAAGCUUACUCGUGCCAACUUUGAGAAGAUGGCCGCCGAGCAUAUAGCCCGCGUUGGCAGUCCCCUCGAGCAGGCCCUUGCGGCCGCUGGCUUGAAGCUUGAUCAGAUUGACUCCGUCGUUCUCCACGGUGGAGCUAUCCGUACUCCGUUCGUUCAGAAGCAGUUGGAGAAGAUCUGUGGAUCGUCCAAGAAGCUGCGCACAAAUGUCAACGCCGAUGAGGCGGCUGUGUUCGGUGCGGCUUUCAAGGGCGCGGCUCUCAGCCCCAGCUUCCGUGUAAAGGACAUCCGCGCCAGUGACGCGGCCACCUACCCCAUCGUCCUCAAGUGGAACUCUGAUGGCAAGGAGCGCAGCCAGAAGCUUUUCACAGCAGUUUCCCAGGUUGGCCCCGAGAAGCAGGUGACUGUGAAGAAUCUUGAAGAUUUCGAGUUUAGCUUCUAUCAGCAAGUCGACGAACAGGGCCUCCCUGUUCUGAGUGUUCAGACCCAGAACCUGACCGCAUCUGUGAACAAGCUGAAGGAUACUUUUGGCUGCACUACUGCCAACAUUACGACCAAGUUCAACAUUCGUUUGAGCCCUGUUACCGGUCUCCCUGAAGUCACCAGCGGCAAUGUCGGCUGUGAGGUCGAGGCUGAGAAGAAGGGCAGCGUUGUCGAAGAUGUCAAGGGCUUCUUUGGUCUCGGCUCCAAGAAGGGCGAACAAGAGCCCCUUGCUGAGGAUGAACCCAGCGAGUCAAUCACCCUCGAGCCCGAAGCUGAAUCUUCGACUACUGCGUCUGCGAGCUCUUCUACGACGACCACUACCAAGGAAAAUGCCAAGCCGACUAGCCAAACUAAGCUUGAGAUCAUUCCCAUCAACCUGAAGUCGACCCCGUUGGGAACCCAAGCCCCAUCAGUCGCCGAGCUAGCCCGUAUCAAGGGUCGUCUGGCUGCUUUCGAUGCUUCUGACCGCGACCGUGUUCUCCGCGAGGAGGCUCUCAAUGAGCUUGAGUCCUUCAUCUACAAGAGCCGCGAUAUUGUUGACAAUGAGGAGUUUAUUCAAGCUGUCAAGGAAGACCAACUGACUCUUCUCCAAGAGAGAGUCACCAAGGCCAGCGACUGGCUCUACGAGGAUAGCGACAAUGCCAAGACAGCCGAUUUCCAGUCGAAGUUGAAGGACCUAAAAGCCAUCGUCAACCCUGCAUUGAAGCGCAUGAAGGAGUCUUCUACCCGUCCCGCUCGUGUCCAACUCCUUCAGGAUAUGCUCAAAAACGCCGAGUCCAUGAAGCAGUUGAUUGAGAGUCAGAUCGCCAACGAUGAACAGACCUACUCGUCUUCGCUUUCGGCUUCGAGCACAUCCACUGCUGAGGAGUCGGAGACCAGCACCAAAGCUACCCCCGCCCCCUCCGCUUCGGAUGAUACCCUGGAUGACCUCGAUGAUGACUCGUACUCGACUUCGACGUCCUCAUCGAAGACCUCUACCAAAUCUUCGGCCGCGGCUAAGCCCACCGGCCCGACCUACACUCUCUUCACUCCCACCGAUCUCGCCUCCCUGACCACAAUCUACGAGUCAACCAAGCCCUGGCUCGAGACGCAGCUUGAGCUGCAAGAGAAGCUCACCGAGUCAGAUGAUCCCGCUCUCACUGUCUUGGAGAUCGACUCACGCCUCCGCGAGUUCGAGCGCGUCUUGAACCGCAUGUACGAGCGGAUGACUGCCGCCGCUGGCCGUGAGGCAAAGAAGAACAGCGGCAAGCAGAAUAAGAAGAAGACUACCGAGGAGAAGGGCAAGGGUAAAGAAAAGGCCAAGGAGGAGAAGAAGAAGGCGAAGGAGGACACCAAGGACGAGCUGUGA